AUGACUGCGACGAAACCAAAGACCACUUGUUCAUCUCCAUCUUCAAAUGAUUCAUUGAAUUCAAUGAAACGAACUCCCAAUGGUGGCAUAGCAAAACGAACUCGAGGGCCUAUAAAUAAAAGAGCAUGCCAAAGAUGCCGACAGGGAAAAAUAAAAUGCGACGGGGAUGCAGAAAUGGGGAAGCCCUGCUCGAAUUGCGAUCCUCAGAGUUGCGUCUACGACAAUUCGCCUAGAAAGAACAAGCAAGUCGAACAACUUCGACAACGGAUGAGCACCCUGGAGGAGCAACUGGUCAAUAUCGUCAAAGAUGUUGACGCAAAAUUGACCUUAAAAGAUCUCGAAAAAGACGUUUUAAUCCUUCUGUGCGAAUCAAAGGAGCUCUUUAACGGCUCUGAAGUGUUCCAGGCAUUAUUAGAUGCCAUGAGACAUGGCAAGCUAUUCAAACAACUAUUAAUACUUACCCACGAACUUUUGCAGAGAAUGUCGAGAAACCAAGAACGAAUUCCCGAGUUAAUUCAAAGCCUACAGCGGGUUUUGGAGCGAGCAGAAUUGGACAAUGAUCCCACAGCCUUUGCUAACGCUCUUUCAGUGGAACAAUACCGAAAUGUUAAUGGAGAGUACGAGCUAGUCUCACCAUCUUAUAAUCCUUCCAUCCUCUUGGCCAAUUCUCCUGUAAUUAUAACCGAUAGUUCGACGAGUUUACCAUCACCUUAUGAUGGGUGCGAUACCACGGCAUGCUUAAAUAGCCAUUCUCCAUCAGAUGAUGGCUCAGAAACCUUGAGCGGAGAAUAUGGCAGCGGCUCUCCGCCUACUCCAAGCGAACGGCGGCAUUCAUUGGAUAACGAUUCAGAUUCUUACCAUAAUUCGUUAAGAGGCUCUUCCCACCAAGUUUCUACCGGUUAUUAUUAUACCAAUGCAAAUACCUAUUACCCAUCCGAUUAUAUAGAAUAUCCUUACUAUCUUUCUGAAGCAGCAAACACCACAUCACCCACAGACAGUUAUAUACUAUGA